UUUUUCAUCGCUGGCAGCGCGCACAAGCAGCACAGAAAGCACACGUGUGGAAGGCUACAGCAACCACUGCAGAAGAGACAACACAGACACACCAUCAUGGACGCAGAGGAACUCCAACAACAUCUCCGGGCAUUGGCUGCGGGCGUUGCCGCCACAGUGGAUGAUGAGAAGCUGAGCGCAGACUGCGAUCGCUUGCUGGACCAGAACAAGCCUGUCGAGGUUCUCAGCCGCAUCGUUGGCCUCGCCGGCUCCCUCACCACAGAAGAGGAUAUGCUUGACGACAUGCUGCUGAACGCCAUGCUCCUGCAAGUGACGCACCAGCCUGCAGAGGUCCAGGACCAGCUCAUUCCGCCGUUCCUCACCUCCCUUCAAACUCACACAGCCUCUGGCCCCAACGUGGCCGUCGUCGUCAGCACGGUGACAUCGCUGUUCAACCUUCUUCCCGCCAACUCCAAGCACCGCUACGAUGUGCUUUACCAGCUUCUGUCCUGCGGUCUGGAGGCAACACAGGGCACCAGCGAGCUUGCACAGCAGGUUGACGCCAACGUGGAUGCGUGGAUCAAGGACUGGGAGCUGACACAACCACAGCAGCGGGCACUCUUCAAACUCUUUGCUGCAAAACUGCAGGAGGCCAACAACAAGGCGCUGAGCAAGAAGUACCUGACGCGGUAUGUCAAGUCGUUUGACGGUGCAGCGGCGUCGUCCCUGCACGAGGCCUCGCAGGAGGCCCGCGACCUCAUUGCACAGGCGCUGAACACGAGCGCGGCGGACUCGCUCGAUCUCCUCGGCAUGGACGCCGUCAAGCACCUCAAGGAAGAACCGGGUUACAAGCUGCUGGAGGUGCUCACAAAGGGCGACGUACCCGGCUUCAACAUCGUGUGCCAAGAGCACCCAUCCGCCUUCACAGACCUCGGCCUGGACCAGGAGCAGGUCGCCACGCGCGUGCAGCUCAUGGCGCUGGCCAAGUUCUGCGCAAAGAAGACGCAGGUGACGUUUGCAGAGGUGGCGAGCGGACUGUCCAUCCAGGAGGACCAGGUGGAGCAGCUCGUCAUCAACGCUCUGCGGCACUCUGUUCUUGAGGCGACGAUUGAUGACGUGAACAAAGUGGUCAACGUCACCCGCGUCAUCUACGACUCGUUUGAGCCUGAGGACUGGAAGAGCCUUCACGCCCAACUCAUGGCGUGGAAGACCAACAUUGAGCAAGUGCGGACGACGUUGGAUAAGGUUAAGUUGAAGGUGCAAGAGAAGCGCCAGCCCCGUCGCACAUACCGCAAGUAGUGCUGUGCUGUCCCUUGAGCACCGAAAUGAACAUGAUAGGCACCCAAAGGCCCCACCACCCACAAUACCACCACUCGUCCGCUCGCGUGGCAUCUUCCGAAUGCAUUGUGCGUGUUGCUUGUUGUGAUUGUGCAUUUGCCCACCACUGUGCUGUGCUGUCUUCCAUCCUCGUCCUGCUGUUGCUUGUUGUUGUGUUGCCAUUGUUUGCCACGUAUGAUGAAUGAACACGUCUCUCUCUUCAAACA